AUGGCGACUCUUGAUGCCCUGCGCAUCGCCCUUCAACAGCGAAUCCCAUCGGAGGCGUCUACCAAGGCUUUGUCGGAUGAUGAAUACCAGCAUGGCUUUGAUCUCUUCUUGCAUCACAAUGGAUGGAGCAACUACCGUGACUUUGUCAUCCCCAGGCUCUCCCAACUUCUCCAUUCCCAGUUCGAUUCCCGGAAAGAUGUUUCUGUGCUCGAGGUUGGCCCAGGUCCCAAGAGUGUUUUCGGAUACCUGCCCAACUUCAUGAGACAGAAGAUCACAAGCUAUACAGCCUACGAACCAAACCAUCUAUUUGCUGAGAAGCUGGAGGCCUGGCUACAUCCGACAGAAGACUCUCCACCGUUUCCUUCUCUGUGUACCUCUUCUAUCAAUAUAGAACCCUUUACGCAAGAGACCGUCGUCCAUGAGAAACAGCACAUCAUACUCUUCUGUCAUAGUCUCUACGGUGUCUCGUCCAAAGACCAGGUCGUAAGACAUGCGCUGGACAUGCUUUCUGAGGAGCCAGAAGAUGGUAUACUUGUCGUUUGCCAUCGUGACACGGCGCCAUUUCUCAACGACCUCGUCUGUCAGCGGUCAGCAAUAUUCCCAGAUGGGACAGUUCGCAUCAAGGACAGCAAUGAUACAAUCAACAGAUUUGCAUCAUUUGUAGCUGGCUGUUCAAUUCAACCCGACAAAAUGCGUAAUGCCACUCACGAUGAUUGGAGAAACGUAUGCCGCAACUUGGCUUAUCACGAAAACAACCAUCCCGAUACUCUGACCUUUGCGUCUCCCGAAGUGAUCAUGACCUUUACUCGGCAUUCCACCGCGCUCCCAGAGUUGACCGCGGUUGUACCGCUGGCCUCAAAGGACUGCAAGGUCAAGAACAGAGAGGCACAGUCCCACGCGCCGGCGGCCGUGGUCAGACCAACAGAAGUUGGCCAGAUCCAGAGAUGCGUUACCUGGGCCUUGAAGCACCAGUUCUGCUUGACUGUCGUUGGUGGUGGCCACAGUGGUCAUUGUCGCUGGCAUAAUGUCGCCUCAGUGGACAUGGGUGCCUUCAACCAGGUACACAUCGUCAAGAAUGCUGGCGGAUCCAACGAAGGUCACCCUCUGGUAGUGGCUGGAACCGGAUGUAAAACGGGCGACAUUAUCCAGGCCGCUCAAUCCGAAGGUCUGACCGUUCCUUUGGGAGCCCGUCCCAGCGUCGGGUCUGGGCUGUGGCUCCAAGGCGGCAUUGGCCACCUACUCAGACCCCAUGGCUUGGCAUGUGAUGCUAUCGUUGGCGCUGUACUUGUCAGCGUUGAGUCUGGCCAAGUUUUCUGUGUUGGAGAGGUACCAUACGAGCAUCAGCCUAUUGAUGCUGUCAGACCUAACAAUGAAAAUGAUCUUCUCUGGUCGCUCAAGGGUGCCGGUAACAAUUUUGGGAUUGUCAUCAGUGUCACGUUCAAAGCCUAUUCUGCCCGGUCCUUCUCGGUCAAAGACUGGUCUAUCAGACUUCAGGAUGAGGAAAACGCUAAAAAUAUUCUUCAAAAGUUCGCAAGUACACUUGCCCGCCCUCUCGAUCGGGAUUCUUCAGUGGACGCCUAUUUGUACUACGUCAACACGCAGCUCAUGCUUGGAGUUACUCUUUUCCAAAGCAUGGAGACCACGACCGGCAAGGAUCCCUUCCCAGCGACUCCCAAGUCAUUCAUCCAGGAUAUUGGCAGCGACGCUACCGCAUUUGGCUGCCGAGACUGGGACUUUGCCUGUGUAGUGACAGGCGUUUGGCCUCGUGAAGAUGAAAAUUCGGCGACUGCACGCGCAACAACUCGCUGGGUAUAUGGCGUGGUCGAAGCCCUUCUGCCAGUCAGCCAAGGAGUCUACGGCGCCGACCUUGGGCCAGAUCCAAGAGACGCCAUUCUCGCGACUAAAGCCUUUGGCCCAAAUCUUCGAAAGCUGGUUAAGCUAAAACAAAUCUUUGAUCCUCAUCGGGUACUCGCUUAUGCCUGUCCACUUUCGAAAGACAUGUUGUCACAAAAGAUGGUUGUUCUUGUGACUGGAGAACACGGUGCCGGAAAGGACUACUGCGCCAAUAUUUGGGCCGCCGCGAUCAAGGGACACGGCCAUAGCACCGCUGUCCUGAGCAUAAGUGAUACGACGAAGCGAGAAUACGCCUCGCACACUGGCGCUAGUUUGAAACGCUUACUCGAAGAUCGUGCGUACAAAGAGCAGCAUCGUGAGGCUUUGGCGGCAUUCUUCGGGCAGCAGAUGAAACACCGGCCUCAUCUAGCAGAAGAACAUUUUACAGAAGCGGUGAGGAGCGCUGAUGUGGAUGUACUGUUCAUUACUGGUAUGAGAGAAGAGGCACCCGUGGCAAAUAUGUGGCAUCUAGUUCCGGACGUUAGACUGGUGGACGUCCACGUCAAGGCUAGCCACAAGACUCGAGGUCUUCGUCGACAGAUCUUUACAAACGGUCACUCUAUCAGUCAUGGGAACUUCAAUGGCACAGAGACACUUGUAUUAAACUAUCGACCAAACUUCAUAUUUCACAAUGACACAGCAAGCGAUGAUCAGGUCAAGGCAUUCGCCAAACACAGUCUGCUUCCCUUCUUAGGCGACGAUCUCCGGCGCCUCGCUGGGAUGGUUCCUUCAGUACCGGACUUUCCUAGACCAGGAAUCGAGUUCCGACAUGUUCUGGAAAUCGGUCAACAGAAAGGAGGGUACAAGCUCUGCGCGUCUUUGUUCAAGCAGCACUUUACGGGCGAUUGGCGCAAGAUUGACGUGAUAGUGAGCUGCGACGUGGGAGGGCACAUAUUUGCUGCAUCGCUGGCGCUAGAGGUAAAUAUUCACUCGAUUCUGGUUCGUCCCCCAGGGAAACUACCACCACCGACUAUUUCUGUUGAAAAGAGCCACUCACAUGUCUCGUCUCAUGUAAAUGGAGUAAAGGCGGAAGGGAAUGCGAUGCGCGCCGACGCACUUCGCAAAGGUGCAAGGGUAGUGGUGAUUGAUGACGUUCUGGCAACGGGACACACGCUUCUGUCAAUGCUCGAGCUACUGAACAGAGCUGGUAUCGACACAGAGGAUGUCAGUGUCAUGGUCGUUGCUGAGUUUCCGAUCCAUCGUGGACGUCAAAAGCUAAGACAGGGCGGCUUUGGGAGAGUCGGCAUUCAGAGUUUGUUGGUUUUUGAUGGCGAGUAG